UCUAACACCGUAAAUCAGAUUGUUUCCUUCAACCCAUUCUAAUGGCAAAUUCAUCAACCUUCUUCCCCAUUUUAAUGCUCUUGUUUUCCUGUAACGUUUAUACUAAUGCAUGUUAUCCGUCAAUUAUAAGCUUCGGGGAUUCCCUUGCUGACACCGGAAACCUAAAAGAAAUGGCCUCUAAAUCCAACGUUCGGCCACCCCAUUUCUUGUUUCCACCUUAUGGCGAAACGUUUUUCAAUAAACCCACUGGACGUUGUUCUAAUGGACGUUUGAUCAUCGACUUUGUUGCUGAGAGUCUUGGGCUGCCGUUGGUACCACCGUCUCUGGGAAGCGAGACGAACGUCCACGUGACGGAGUUGGGAGAAGGAGUGAAUUUUGCGGUGGCGGGGGCGACGGCGUUGGAUUCGUCGUUUCAUGAAGCAAGAGGGGUUAGUAUUCCGACGAAUGCAUCGUUGGGAGUUCAGUUGGGAUGGUUCAAAGAUUCGUUAUCUUCUAUUUGCUCUGCCGUUUCAGACUGCAAACAAUUAAUUGGACAGUCUUUAGUUCUCAUGGGAGAAAUUGGAGGUAACGAUUACAAUCAUGCAUUAGUUGCGGGAAAAUCUAUCGAUGAGGUUGAAACAUAUGUUCCAUUUGUUAUUAACACCAUCAUUUCAGCAGUCAAUGAGCUUAUUGAGCUAGGAGCUCAAACACUUGUUAUUCCAGGAAACCUACCAAUUGGAUGUUCUGCUGCUUAUUUGACGAUCUUUUAUGGCUCUGAUAAUGUCCAAUAUGACAAUUCAACCGGAUGCAUUAUCACGUUAAACAAGUUUGCUGAGUACCAUAAUGAACUUCUACAAAGAAAAUUACAACAAAUACGAGAGCUUCAUCCUGAAGUCAACAUCAUUUAUGCCGACUACUACAAUGCUGCCAUGCAAUUUUUUCGCUCUCCAAACAAAUUUGGAUUCACAAAUGGAGCGCUAAAGGCAUGCUGUGGAGGUGGAGGACCGUUUAAUUACAACCCGUCAAUAGCUUGUGCAGACUCAUCAUCCACUUCAUGUGCACAGCCAGAUACAUACGUUAACUGGGAUGGGUUACACUUAACGGAAGCUGCCUACAAAGUUAUCUUCAAGAGUAUAUACGAAGGGCCAUACACGACUCCUCAGUUCAACACUUUAUGUCCUAUCUCAACGUUACAAUGGCUAGGAGUUGGAAAAUCUUCGGGCAUUGCUCAACGACCUGGCAUGUAGGGAGGAACUUUAUUCGUUUUUUCAAUUACAGAAUAAUCAAGGAGGAAAUGAUGGGAACGAAGAUGAUGAUAUGUAGGAAGGAGCUUUAUUUGUAUGUUAUACUUGUUAUCACACUUUGCUAUUUGUUAGAAUUGUAAAACUUACU